AUGUUUAGCGACUCUCUUCUGAAAUGCUGGCUAGCAACAUUGGACGGCGCCACAGAAACCGCUUCAGACCACUGUGUCCCCCUCUGGUUCCACCUUCAGUACGUUUUUCUUCAGCCCUCCAGCGCUCCUAUCGCUACUGAUCUCCAAAAAGAUCAGUGCAAAGUUUUGCUUGAAUUCAUGGAACAUGGUCCAAUAGGCGAAUUCCAUGCCCGUUGGCGUCUCUUGGCUGCCCUUCACAGCGCUCUGGCCAUCUGGCCUGGUCUCCCAGACACUCAGCGAGUGGCGGCUCGAAAGUUAGUAGGAAAUGUCAUUUGGUUCUACGGCCAGUUUAUCCCUCACGUGGAUGAGUUCCUAUUUGAUCAACAAAAGCCCAUUCGUGAGGCGAUAAAGAACUUUAUAUCUAUUAUGAAGUGGGGUGAUUAUAUCAGCUUUUGGACUAUGAAGGAAAAUGUUGAUCGAUGCAAGCGUACCAUCCAUAAGCAUGUACGUACCUGGGAGGGCAUUCUGCGUCAGUCAGUGAAACCCAUUUUUGAAGCUUCGGUAAAGACGUCGAUCGACGUCCCAAUCUCCGACGCUGCACUUUCUGCUCUGGGAACUGUACAGAUGGCUAAUGGUCAAGGCUGUGCCAUUUUCCAGCUCUCAACUGAGUUACAGAAGUGGUUGUCUGAGAUGGGAGGCGAAAGAGAGCUACCUAUUAAUAUUAGGCGUCUACCCGUCUUGAUAAAACGUUUCAAAAGUCAUGUUUCCCAAAUUGCCAGAAAAGCUCCCUGUCUUUCAUGGGUGCAGCAAAUACGAGCUUGUCUAGGAGACUGGAUGCUGCGUGUCAGGGAGUUGUCGCGGUCCACACAACAACUUGACCUCGAACCUCCAUCUCAGUCAGCUCUAACUUUAGUUCUGAAAGAGAAGCAAGGUGUUAGCCAACCUAGCAAGGGCAAAUUCGCAAAAAUAGACGAAGUGGAA